CAAUGUUUCUCCGGCCUACAAAUACUACACGUCUACACCAGUCUCAACUAUUAUCGAUAGAUAUCGAUGAUUACUCGAAUUUUGCACGGGAGAAGUAAAACAUUCAAUCCUUAAGGCCAAGGCCCAACGAGGUGAAAAGGUCCCAAAAGUCUAAGUCGGCCCAAAAAGAAACCAGCAAUUCUUGGACAAGGCCCAAAAAACGCGGCCGAUAACGAUAAAAAUCACAAACGAUAAUUCAAAAGUCCCCUCUGCAAAAACGAGGAAAAAGUAUUUUUUUAGCAAUAAAUUAAUCCUGGUUCGACAAACCGCCAAGCUACCGACCAAGAUUGGGAAAAAGGUAAAACCAUCGCAGGCCUCUAGAAACAAGAAGAACUCCGCCACCAACCCACCCUCCUCCUCCUCCCCGCACUAAUCUCUUCACCUCCCCCGAUAUUCUCUGGAUUCCCCCCCUCGCGUUUCUUUGUCGACGAAAGCUCCCUGCUUCCGCCAACAAUGGCGCCUUCAAUCCCCUGUUUUGACCUUGGUCGCGCCAUUUUUUCUUUCUUGGUCAUUGUCCUUUCUGUUUCAACAAUCCAUGCCCUCUCCGAGGACCCAGCAGCACCUCUUCCUUCCGUCUACGAGAUCCUGCCCAAGUACGGCCUCCCCAGCGGGCUUUUGCCCGAUUCAGUGGUCUCCUACACGCUCGACGACGAUGGCAACUUCGCGGUGACCUUGGCGAAGCCCUGUUACAUACAGUUCGACUACUUGGUCUAUUACGCGGAGAAGAUUACUGGGAAGCUGAGCUACGGGUCGAUCACGAAUUUGGAAGGGAUUAAGGUCCAGAAGCUCUUUCUGUGGCUUGAUGUUGACAAGAUUGAGGUUGAUUUGCCGCCUGCGGAUUCGAUUUACUUCCAUGUCGGGUUCAUCAACAAGAAGCUUGACGUUGACCAGUUCGAGACCGUGCAUUCUUGCCGAGAUGGGGUCUCUGGUACGCCCUGUAAAGGGUUCUGGAAGCGGGCGAUUGAGCUUCCAGUACCAGUUAUGAAGGAGACUCCAUUGCUAAUCACGGAGUAGCAGCUGCAGCAGUGUUAACAUUCCUCUUGUGAAGGAAGAAGUGCAGCGAGGGGGUGAGUUGGUCGCGAACGAAUGAAGGCUGUAUGUAGGUAGUUCUAGUGGUCAUCUGAAAGACCAAAAUUUCAAGGAGUUUUGAAAUGGCAUGUGUACAUAUUACUAUAGCACUAUGAAGACUCUACUACGUUUAUUUUCCUGCUGGAAUAAAGAAAGUAAGAGAAGUGGUUGUUAUAUACUUGCAAGAGGCCCUUGUUUCUGAAUCCAGAAUACCCCACUGAAUCAUGUAUCUUUCUUGUGUGAACUCUAAGCAACAGAAGCAGAAUUUUCUGUUCUACAACGCUUAAAAAUUUAAUCUGUCAAGAACCAGUUGCUCUCAAUAACUCGAGUUGUUGGGAGAAGUUAAAUCGUGAAUCAUAUACCAUAACACUAAUAUGUCCCUCAAAUGAGGGCCACUUAUAAGAGCUUGAAGUUUGCACAUGUUUGAAGACAAGAAUACCAUGUGCUUAACAAAUGGAGUCAUCGAGAAUCGAACACAAAAUCUUUCAGUCAUAGAAAGCUCUGAUACCAUGUCAAGAAGCUGUCAAUAACUCGAAUCGAACACAAAAUCUUUCAGUCAUAGAAAGCUCUGAUACCAUGUCAAGAAGCUGUCAAUAACUCGAAUUAUUGAGAGAAAUUCAAUCAUGAAUCAUAUACCAUAACACUAAUAUAAUCCUUCAAAUACUACACCAAUCUCAACAAUUCAAGGUCUUGCGCAAAAAUGGUUCUUUAAUGUAGCUACUUUUACACAUUAAGUAAGACCUAAGGUCUGCUAACUAUUAUUCAGAGAAGACGGCAGAAAGAUGGGAAUAUCUGACAAAGCUGUUCUUAACUUUUCUUCCUCCUUCUCCUUCCCCUUCUCAGUAGCUGCUUCGUGGUGAGAAGCGGAAGGAGGAAGAAACAAACAUAAUUUGACGGUAAGAACAGAGAGUAAAGGUUAAAGCUUUUACUCAGCAAACAAUCAGAGUCAGAGAGCCUUUCCUUUUCGAUCUGGUUAGGUGAAAGUUCAUGCAUUUGCUCUUCGUGGAAACGAAACAUGAAGCUGGGAAUGGAGUACCGACCUGAUAGAUGAAGAACACCCUUUUCGUUGUGAUGGGAAGAUUUGAAAAAAAUCAAUAAAGGCAGCGAAUCGCC